CCUCCUGCUCAGUUCAGAGUAAAUGAAAGUGAUCUCAGAGUGCUGCUCUCUCUCAGUCUAGAAGUGCAGGAAAAUGGCAGAGGCCAGUAUUUCAGUAAAUCACGAUCAGUUCAGCUGUCCAGUCUGUCUGGAUCUGCUGAAGGAUCCAGUGACUGUUCCCUGUGGACACAGUUUCUGUAUGGUGUGUAUUAAUGGCUGCUGGGAUCAGGAGGAUCAGAGGGGGAUCUACAGCUGCCCCCAGUGCAGAGAGACCUUCACUCCAAGGCCUGUUCUACGCAGAAACAACAUGCUGGCUGAAGUGGUGGAGAAACUGAAGAAGAACACAGAACUCCAAGCUGCUUCUCCUGCUCCCCGUUACGCUGGAGCUGGAGAUGUGGAGUGUGAUUUCUGCACCGGGAGAAAACUCAGAGCCAUCAAGUCCUGUCUGAUGUGUCUGGCCUCCUUUUGUGAAGCUCAUCUUAAACCUCACUAUGAAGUUCCUGCUCUGAAGAAACACAAGCUGGUUAAAGCGUCCACCCAGCUCCAAGAGAAGAUCUGCUCUCAGCAUGACAGACUGAUCGAGAUCUACUGUCGUACUGAUCAGAGAUCUAUCUGCUUAUUAUGUACAAUGGAUAAACACAGGGGUCAUGAUACAGUUCCUGCUACAACAGAAAGAACUGAGAAACAGAAUCAGCUGAAAGUGAUGCAGAAGAAACUCCAGCAGAGAAUCCAGGAGAAGCAGAAGAAGCUGCAGGAGCUGAAACAGACUGUAAACACUCUUAAGCGCUCUGCACAGGCAGCAGUGGAGGACAGUGAGAGGAUCUUUACUGAGCUGAUCCGCUCCAUUGAGAAAAAGCGCUCUGAGGUAACAGAGCUGAUCAGAGAUCAGGAGAAGGCUGAACUGAGUGGAGCUGAAGAACUCCUGGAGAAACUGCAGCAGGAGAUGGCUGAUCUAAAGAGGAGACACACUGAGCUGGAGCAGCUUUCACACACAGAGGAUCACAUCCAUUUCCUCCAGAGUUUCCAGUCUCUCUGUGUCUCUUCUGGAUCUGAGGACUCUCCCAGCAUCACUGUCCAUCAACAUCCCUCAUUUGAUGGAGUGAGGAAAUCUCUCUCUGAGCUGAAAGAGCGACUAGAGGAAUUCUGCAGAGAGGAAUUCAGGAAAAUCCCUCCACAUGCUGCAGCAGUCCAGAUUUUACCCUCAGAACCAAAAACCAGAGAAGACUUUCUGCAGAAUUUCUGUCGGCUGACUCUGGAUCCAAACACAGCAAAUCGUUCUCUCAUUCUGUCUGAGAAGAACAGAGUGGUGAAGAGGAGUAAUAAAGUUCGGUCAUACUCUGAUCAUCCAGAGAGAUUUGAUAGCUGGUAUCAGGUGUUGAGUAAGGAGAGUGUGUGUGGACGCUGUUACUGGGAGGUUGAGUGGAGCAGUGGAGGGUGUGUGUUCAUCUCAGUCUCAUAUAAAGGGAUCAGUAGGAAAGGAGGGGGUGCUGAUAAUUAGUUUGGACGCAACAGUCAGUCCUGGAGUCUAUACUGUUCUUCCUCUCCCUCUUUCUUACACAACAACAUUCAGACUGAUCUCUCAGCUCCUCCAUCCUCCAGAAUAGGAGUGUAUGUGGAUCACAGUGCAGGAACUCUGUCCUUCUACAGCGUCUCUGAUACAAUGACCCUCCUACACACACUCCACACCACAUUCACUCAGCCCCUCUACGCUGGAUUCUAUAUUGGUGGUGGAUCCUCUGUGAGGUUAUGUGAUAAAAACUGAUCAUCUAUUAAAUUGUGGUCACUUUAUAAACAGAUUCAGAGAAUAACUCACUGAUUUAUUACAGUUUUUCUCAAUUGUUUACACACAAGUUCUGAUACUUAAGACACAAUGACCACAACAUAUAACUCACAAACCAACCCCCUGAACCAGUUCUGCUAAACUACAAGCACAAUUCCUGCUUUAACUCAAAUUGCAGUUUUUUUUAAACACUACACACUUUUUAGGCAUUUUGCACAAAUUUAAUGAAGAAAAUCGCUUGUUUUCACAAGGAACACACUGUUAUUCAAAACUCUAAAGUGAGUUACUCUACUAUACACACAGACUCGUCACAUGGAGAAACACCUUUCACACAGAUUUACAAUCAGCAAUCAGAGCUUUAGCAUGAAGUGAUGAGGAUAUGUCCUGAUGUUUAACCAGGAAAAACUAAAUGUGGAUGAAGUUCUGUGGCCAGAAUGAAACAGAAGAGAGGAAACAGCAUAGUUUAUUUUUACUGUAACUUUAUACAGUAAAUCAUUCUGUGGUUUUGUAUGUAGACACUGUAUGUGGAACUUUGUGUUGAUUGGGAUGUACGUUGUGUUCAUUGUUUUUUGUGAAUAAAACUUUAAUAUAUUUGUUUAAAACAAUAUUCUAAAAUAUUUUACAGCAUAGUUCUGUACGUAGUGUCUGUAUUAAGAGUAAAACUGAACAUAAAAAGGACUAAGUCAUUAUGAUGAAUAGAGAAGAAGUGUUUUUAUUCAUCAUAGUGUUUUACAUUGAGCUCAUUAGUGUUGAACUGGUUCUUAUAAAUUUAUAUUCAUAUGAUGGUUUGUGUUUCAUCUGAACACAAAACACCAUUUUGAGAAGAGAGAACUUUGUUUAGAAUGUAAAGUUUAAUUUUGCAGGAAAAUUGAGAGGUUUUGCUCAGUGUGUGUGUGUGUGUUUGAUUUGUGUGUAGAUUUUAGAGAAUAUGAGACAUGCUUUCAGAAAAUGUGUGUAAAUAAUGGAGAAAAACUGUAAUGAUCCACGUUUUUAUAAAGAUCAUUUCCAGACUGUGUGAAAGUGAACACUGGUGAUGGUGGGAGGAGUUAAAGGUGAGAGUGAGAGUUCAGCUCAGUGUUAGAGCUGCUCUUCAGUAUAGAAGUGUGGAAUAUGAGGAGAUUUUAUUACUAUAUAAAGAUAAAGAACAGUUAGUGAAUUAUAUGUAGAUUCAUAUAUAAAUAAAUAUAUUGUUUAUUCUCGUAUGAUUUAAACACACUGCUGCAGAUUCAGACUUUGAUUUUAUGUGAUCAUCAAAAUAUUGUGUUAAAAUAUUUACAGUAAUAUGCAGAUUAGACUAUAAGCUUCAUUAAGAGAAGAAUGAAACUUAAAAUUGAAUUUCUAUUCUGAAUAUGUAUCAGAAAAUACAUGAUGUUAUGAUUCCUGAUAUUAAUAUUGAUUUAUUGUGUUUGACUAUUGAUAAUAAAGCUUUAGAUGAGAA